UUUGCUCAGCAGGACAGAUGGAAUCAUUCUUAUAAGUUUCAGCGCUUCCUAAGGAUUAAUUAUUGAACAAAGGAGGGAAAAGAAAAUACAUAAAAAGGAUAAAUUAAAACAUCCAAGAUGCCCCUGAGAACGUCUUUGUACAGAAAGCAAUCCUCUGCUCGUUGGCCAAGCAGGCACGCCAAGCGCAGGGAGGUGCUGUCUGUCAACAUGAUCAGCCUACCGCUGGCUGAUUUCCGCCACAUCUCACAUAUUGGCAACGAUGCCCACACAGACAGCUUCGGAGACCUGUCCUUCCUAAAGAUGGGCCACAAUCUGCUUCUACAAAGCUCCCAGAGUGAGCAGAAUCUCUUCCUGGCCUGUUCACCGCCACCAAAGCCCCCUCGUCUGAACCUGGAUGAGACUGAGGGCUCAGAGAGCCCCGACUGGCCCAUGCACAACGCAUCCCAGAAGAGAAAGAAAUGCAGCUCAAUGCCGCUGCUGGACAGUGAGGAUGGGGAAGCAGAGAUGGAGAAGGAGGACGGGUACCAAAGAGGGAAUAAUGCCGCUCCCAAUCUGGCUCACAGCCUUGGACGGGGUAGCCUCAGUUCAGACAAGGAUGAAGACUCCACAGAAACGUGUGACAAAACUGUUGGACAGCUUAAGGAGGAGGACAAUGGCUUUUCCUUCAGCCUCGACCUGGGCCCUUCAAUCCUGGAUGAUGUUCUCCAGGUGAUGGACAAAAUCCAUGAUUAGACAACACAUAUAUCCAGGCAUUACAGAACGG